AUGGAUCAUGUACAUAAGUUUAUCAAGAAACUCUCCGAUGCGCUGGCAAUAAUUGAAUCGACUAUUAUUGCCAAAAAGCGUUUCAAGGAGAUUGUAUCGAAAUAUCCAUCGUUGGGCUUAGCACCAGUUUAUAAAUGGGCUGGUAUUGGAGCUGUCUGUUAUAUACCUUCCAUUGUGAGGGAAACUCCAAUGAAUGAGUGGAAUAAAAAACAGCGUCAGCAGGUGUGUCAUUUGAAUUUGGAACUGGUACAGUCUUUGCGAUCCGUAGACACAGCAUUCUCUGCUGGCGAAAGUCCUGCUUAUAGUGUUUCAUGUGUUAAAUUCGGUAUGCUUUCUAAUGACAAAGAUCUCACUGAUCUAGUUCAUUUGGUAGCUGAGCGUGGAAGAGAAAUUGAACAGUCACAAAAGUACAUGGAAAGUUUGGCUGAAAUGAUACGUCAGGGAAUCGAGACAGCAAACAAAGAUUUGAAACGGGAGAAUGAUGAACGAUUUAUGCAAGAAGGUAUGAUGAGGCAAAUUCCGUUAAUGAGUUCAUUGGUUAACUGGUUCUCACCACUGGACAAGGGCUUGCAAGGCAUUAAGGGUCGUUCUUUCGACUUGAAAACUGGACAAAUUCAAUCAACGGAAGUUUAUUAUAAACACCGGCUUAUGAAUCGUUCAGAUGCUAUUUCUCAAAAUCCUCACAACCCGGUCGCGAAGACUUCCAUUGAGUCAACAAAAAAGCAAAGUGUUAAUUCCAGCAGGGAUACCAUUUAA